AUAAGUUUGGAACAAUCUAAUAUUACAACCACAGAUGCGAUAAGUUUGGAACGAUCUAGUAUCACAACCACAUAUGUGAUAAGUUUGGAACAAUCUAACGUCACAGCCACAGAUGAGACCGCGGCUAUUCAGUCUUGGACUUUUGAAAGUGGUACUGAAAAUCCUUGGAUGACAUCUUGUAUGGUUGCACUGUUUAGCACUGUAAACAAAGCAAAACCUUACAUAGAAAAGAAAUACCCAUGCAGUAUUCCAAAAGAUUUAGUGAUUACCCGCCAGAAUUAUUAUCCAUUGGCUGAUGCCUGUAUGGCUAAGUAUGACUAUGUUGAAGAGGAUGGUGUGUAUGCUGUACUGCUAAUUCCCCCUGAAGCUAACCACUAUUGUAAACCAGAUGUCCCAUACUUUAGGCAAGUGACCAAUGAGCAGCUUGUAAAGGAGGCAGAGGAGGCAGCAAAAGAUCAACAAAACUCAUCUGUUCCAACCAUAUUUGUCUGUAUACAAGGCACAACUGGAAUUGAUCAAGAUGCAUAUUUGACAAUAACUUGCAAAAUUGAGAAUGAAACAGAAUUGACCGAUGAGAUUGUGAUGAAACAUUGUAUGAUGAGACCUGGGUGGAAAUAUUCACAAGUGGACACUCCAAAGGAUUGUGUUUUGAAGAAUGCUGAACGAGAAAAUGACAUGAUGACUCUUUCAGCUCCAUAUUAUUAUGUAUUUAGUUGUACUACUUUUUUAGGUUUGCUAGGAAAUUGUCUUACUCUUUUUGCAAUGGCCAAAGCCAAGCCGCAUCCUUCUAGAUGUUACAUAGUAUGUUUGAUUAUUACCCAAAAUGUAUAUUUACUUCUUGCAUUUUUUUCCUCUGUAAUGGGUCUGGUGAGUGAUUACAUGGCUUUAUACACCUUCAUGUUAUAUUUUUGUCAGGCCAUGUCUGUUCUCCAAUUUGUAUGCGCCACUUUGUCUACGUUCAUGAAAGUCUUAUCUUCACUGGAUAGAUACCUUGCAAUUUGUAAGCCAUUCAGUUACAGAAAGUUUCUCAUGCAAAAAUUUAGUACCAAGAUUUAUUUCGGAUUUUUUGUCACCAUUGUAAUAUUGGGUUUGUGGUUCACAUUGCAAGGACUUGUUUUGGAAAAUACUAAAUCGCAUGUGUGUGAAUUUGAAUUAUUUAGCUUACGUAAAAUGUCAGAGCAUCAAAAGUAUUUCAUAAUUUUUGGAGUACUUGUGUAUUUGUUACCAUGGUUACUAAUUGUUGUCCUCAGCUCAAUUACAUCUAGACACCUAUUCAAUCACAGUAGAGCACGCAAGAAAUUUAACAUUCGUAAAAAUGUUAAUUUAGCAGAUAAAUCUGGUUGGCUAAAUGCAUUAAGGGUCACAAUCCAUAGGUCAGAGGUUAAGGCCACUAUAUUAAUGUUCAGUACAAUACUCACAUAUCUGUUUUUUUCUGUUCCUCUAAUGGCUGCCCAAAUCUGGUUUUACACUGAACAAAGUUCAUCUGUUCAAUUGAAACUCAAAGUUUUAUUUGGUGCUGCACUUUUGCAUACUAUUGAGCAUUCUGUAAGUUUAAUAGUUUAUGGUGUUGUUGUGCCACAAUUCCGCAUGCUUCUGAAAAAGGUACUUUUAUGCAGAUAGCAAAAUAUAGUCAAAUGAUGUAAAUACAAAAUGCUCAUCAGUAUUCGCUAACUUCUCUAUUUUAACCUCUCUUUUGAUACAGGUAUAUUUAUUAUGAACAUAUAUCUGACGUGUGCAAAUGUAUAAGCUUGUCAAAAGUGCAAGAAGAGUUGACUUUGACUCAGAAAAUCAGACUUGUUAUACAACAAUUCAUAUUUUAUUAUCCCACCGAAUGAAGUUCGAGGGGGAUAUAAAUCUGACCGUCCGUCUGUUUGUUGGGGUGAUAACUCCAAUACCGGUUGACUGAUUUGAUUUAAAUUUUAUAGGCUUAUGGCGAUAAAACCUCUGCUCGAGAAGGAAUUUUUAAUAUGGCUG